AUGAUGGCUGGUUGUAAUCCAUUAGAAGCCUUUCUACAAUCAACAUUUCAAUGUUUUUAUAAUCAACAAUGUAUUGAUCCGAAGAUGACUUUCAAAGCAUUAAAUUUUUCAUCGUAUUCGAGUCAAUUAAUAUUAAUUCAACUGUUACCUGAAUAUGGUAAAUUUGCAUUAGAUAAUGAAAAUGAAAAUUAUAAAUUACAUAUAUAUCAAUUUUAUUCGAAUAUAUCAACAGCUGGUGAUUCACUUUCAUCAUUAUGGGAUAAUACUAAUGAAGCAUCAUUGUCUACAUUUGAUCAUGAUUAUGAUAAUUUAUUUUGGAUAGUUGUGCUUUAA